AUGCGUCAUCCCUUAUUCAACACGUCACCACGCCCCGCCGAAGAAUCCCACCGCGGAGUCCGCACCGCAUCCGCUGCGAUUCUGCGAUUCUUCUUGUGCCCAUGGCAAUGCACAUUUCAGGAAAUGGCGAGGAGGGAGGGCGCGCUGCACGUCCGCAUACCCGCGCCGGGCUUCUUCCAACGCGGCGCCGUCGGCUGGAUCAUGUGCCUCCUCGCGCCUCUUUUCUUGAUACUGGCAGUGGCGGCGUCAUUCUUCUUCGUCGGCACCUUCUGGCUCCUCCUCGGCAUCGCCAUAUCCACCAUCUCGUGGGUGGGCGUGGCGACGCGCAGGGAGAGCGUCACGCUGGGCCCCGACGCCUUCUCCAUCGUGCACACGCGCUACGGCGUGUCCAAGAAGCGCGAGGGCAGCACGCACCUCGUCCACUCCAUCCUCGUCGUCGAUCGCAACGCUCCGCGCCUGCUGCACCCCCCGCAAUCCACAACGGCUCCCGGCAUUCCCGUCCCGGGUCCUACUCCCCCCACUGCAGCCGCUCCUGCUGCCGCCAGUGGAAGCGCACCCACUGCCCGGCGUGGUCCCGCCGCAGCUGCUGCCGCCACCGCCAAUGCCCGCGCGCGGGAGACACCAGCAGAGCCUCCGGAGCUUGUGUGUGUGUUUGCGCUGCCGGGCACAGUGCAUAGGUUCGGUGCGAACCUGAGUGAUGCGGAGAAGUACUGGGUGGUGGGUGAACUGGCGUAUUACCUGCAGAGCGUGCGCUUGCACCUGGCACAGCAGAAUGUAUGA